AAAAAAUCCCAGUUUUUCAGUCAGAGCUCCUUCUAUUCCACAGCAAUAGGUUAACUGCAGUGAAGUCCUUUCGCGGGAGGCUAAAGCAGUUGGUAGGAUAUUGAAUAGUUGUGGAAUUUGUAUUUUGUGUUUGUUAGGAAACUAAAGAUGCCUGGACAAAAGAUUGAAACUGGUCACCAAGAUGUUGUUCACGAUGUGGCAAUGGAUUAUUAUGGUAAACGUCUUGCUACAGCAUCUUCAGACAACACUAUCAAAAUCAUUGGAGUUAGCAACUCAGGAUCUCAGCAUCUUGCAACUCUAACUGGUCAUCAAGGACCCGCGUGGCAAGCAUCAUGGGCCCAUCCUAAGUUUGGUUCGCUCCUUGCUUCCUGUUCUUAUGAUGGAAAGGUUAUACUCUGGAAGGAGGUCAAUCAAAAUGAAUGGACCCAGGCUCAUGUUUUUGACGAUCAUAAAGCCUCUGUCAAUUCUAUUGCAUGGGCUCCUCAUGAACUGGGCCUUUGUCUUGCCUGUGGAUCCUCAGAUGGAAACAUCUCAGUCUUUACUGCAAGAUCAGACGGUGGAUGGGAUAAAUCUCGAAUUGAACAGGCUCAUCCCGUUGGUGUCACCUCUGUCUCCUGGGCCCCUUCAACGGCUCCUGGUGCUCUUGUGGGUUCUGGUCUACUCGGUGCUGUUCGGAAGUUAGCAUCCGGUGGCUGUGACAACACAGUGAAAGUGUGGAAGCUCGACAAUGGAAUUUGGAGGAUGGACUGCUUCCCUGCUCUCCAUAUGCAUACUGAUUGGGUCAGGGAUGUCGCCUGGGCUCCAAAUUUGGGACUUCCAAAGUCGACCAUUGCAAGCGCUUCUCAAGAUGGAAAAGUUAUAAUAUGGAUUGCGGCCAAGGAAGGUGAUCAAUGGGAAGGAAAAGUUCUACAUGAUUUCGGAGCUCCCGUUUGGAAGGUGUCUUGGUCACUCACCGGGAACAUCCUUGCUGUGGCUGAUGGUCAAAACAAUGUGACGCUGUGGAAGGAAGCGGUAGACGGAGAAUGGCAGAAGGUGACAGCAGUUGAGUAAUAAAUCUUGGUGAUCUUCUCAUAUAAUUUCCAGAUACACACGACCUCUUGAGACUGUUUUGCUCUCCUACUGUUAUGGUACAGUUUAAUUUUCAUUAACAUGUUUGAUAUGAAUCUGAUAACA